AUGCAGCUUUCACAUCAUUUCUUGGGAAUUGUAGCCUUUCAACUGGCAGCUGCCAUUGUUCCUACAAAAGCUACUACCGUUACCGGUGCUCAAAGUCCGCCACCGUCAACAUCAGGCAAUCUACUAUGGUACAAUGAUGUUUCUGGAGAUGAAUGGGUUAGUCAAGGCCUACCCAUAGGCAACGGAUAUCAGGCUGCAAUGGUUUUUAGUGGUGUAGACAGCGAUCGUAUCCAGCUGAAUCAGGACAGUCUAUGGACAGGUGGCCCCUUCCAAAACAAAAGUUAUACUGGAAAUAACGCCGACCCUUCUCAGAAGGCAAUGAAAGCGGCGGGUAUUGCAAGCUUAAGAAAAAAGAUCUGGAGCAAGGGUCAAGUACCUGUAGAGGAUGCAACAACGUUGUAUGGAUCUUUUGACAACUACGGAAGCUAUAGGUACCUUACAAAUCUUUACAUAAAUGCUACCAACAGUAGUCAUGAAGUCUCUAGCUAUAGACGGUGGCUAGAUCUGGAUACGGCUCUGGCUGGUUCUUCUUAUGGGAUGCCGGAUGGCUCUACAGUAAACAAAACAUCAUUCUGCUCUUACCCUGAUCAAGUCUGUGUGUUUAAUACCAUGACCACGGGAUCACUAAACCGCGUGUAUACGGUUGGCUUUAGCAACGAUGACUCUGGACCCCCACCAAACAUGACAUGCAAUGGCAGCAAUGGCAUGAUUUUGCGUGGCAAAGCAGAUGAUACCGCCACUUCUAUGAUUUUCGAAGGCCAAUUGGUUGUUGCCACGCAAGAGGGGAAGGUAUCUUGUAAAAACGGAGUCAUCACAGUUCAAGGGUCCAAGCAAUUCACAGCAGUUGUGAGUUCUGGCACGAAUUUCAAACAAGACAACGGAAACGCUGCGGCAAAGUUCAGUUUCAAAGGCCCAGACCCCCAUGGUCAGGUUACCAAAAUUAUCAAGAAAGCUGCAGCUAAAACCUUUGAUAGCCUACUGUCAACUCAUGUCACUGAUUAUAAACGACUUUAUAAUAACUUCAAGUUAAGUUGGAAUGCACAGAUAGUGGAACGUCCCACUAAUUUGCAGGUGGCAAAGUACAGAGUGGAUGCAAACAAUCCGUACUUGGAAUGGUUGGCUUUCAACUAUGGACGAUACCUCCUAAUUGCAUCUUCACGGCCAGGUUCUCUUCCAGCCAAUCUGCAAGGUAAAUGGGCCGAUGGUUUGAGCCCUCCCUGGAGCGCCGAUUAUCACUUGGAUAUCAAUCUACAGAUGAACUACUGGGCAGCACAAACAACCGGGUUAUCAGAAACGGCUUUGCCGAUGGUUGAGUAUCUAGCCAAGAAUUAUAUCCCUCGUGGAAAGCAAACAGCGGAUAUACAUUAUAGUGCGAGAGGAUUCAUUGCCCACGAAGAAAACAAUAUAUUUGGCUCCACUGGUCCAAGAAGUGGUGGCGAAUAUGCUAUUUUCCCAUUAGGGUCUACAUGGAUGUCAAUGCAAGCAUGGGAUCACUUUGAUUAUACACAGGACACAAAAUGGCUUCAGUCUCAGGGAUGGGAUAUUCUCAAAGAAUCGAGCUUGUUUUGGAUUGAUUACCUCACUUUGGACAAACAUACAAACGACGGAUUGCUAGUUGCGGCACCUUGUGGUAGUAGUGAGCAUGGAAAUGUGACAUUUGGAUGCACAGAGUUUCAAAAUGUCAUUUGGGAAACAUUCCAAAACACCCGCAAAGCUUUUCAGUUUGCAAAAGACUCCAAUGCAUCUUUUCUCACCGAGCUGGAAUCCACUAUCAACAAAACAGACAAAGGCCUUUACGUUGGUAGUUGGGGUCAACUGCAAGAGUGGAAACUUGAUUUAGACUUGCCAGACGAUCAACACCGUCACCUCUCCAAUCUUAUCUCCCUAUUUCCAGGAUACCUGGUCAGCUCCAUCGAGCCAAAAUUCAAGUCUGCUGCUGAAGUAUCCCUCAUUCAUCGUGGACCUGGCAUUGAGGAUUCGGAUGCUGGAUGGGAAAAAGUUUGGCGGUCUGGAUGCUGGGCUGCAUUAGGUAAUGCAACACAGGCAAAGUAUGAGCUGCAACUAACAAUUCAGCGAGAUUUUACGGAAAACCUUUUUGAUAAUUACACAUCAACCAUUUUUCAAAUCGACGCCAACCUUGGAUACCCAGCAGCGGUCAUGCAAAUGUUAUUUCAAGACCCCGAUACAGUAGUGGGUGGCAGAGAGUCUGCAUUAUUCAAGCUUUUGCCUGCAUGGCCAUCGGCUUGGUCUACUCAAGGCGGUGGCGUUUCUGGGCUGCGCGGUCGUGGUGGAUACCGGCUGAGUUUUGAAUGGAACGACAAAAAUGCUAUCAAGAGCCUGCAUAUUGAAGCGGACAAGGCACCGGCAGAUCGCCAAAUAGAGAUCGUUGUUGACAGUUGGAUAGGUGGUCGGCCUAAGAUUGUUUCAUCUGAUGGGGAAAAACUGGCCUUGUCCAUCUCUGGCAGUACUGUUAGCUUCAUAGCCAGAUCACAGAAAAGCUAUACCAUUGAAUGAACAGGCCGAUGGAAAUGUGAGAGUUGUAGCAAUUUCACUGUCUUCUACAAUGACAGACCUAUCGUCGAU